GUUUUGCUAUAUUUGUGUGUCUAUUGAUUGAUGAUAUUCAAGAUUCUAUAGGAAAAAAACAGCAUUUUUUUAAUAACCGUGGUGUCCGGGCUCGGCUCAUUCUAUGUGUAACUGUGUCCGCCAAGGCUUGGACAAAUGGUGAAGAAAUCACCUAGUGUUUCUGCCUUAAAAAAAGACAGCAUUUUUAGCUCCUAAUUUUGCUAUAUUUGUCUGUUUUUCAUUGAUGGUAUUCAAGAUUCUAUCUGAAAAAAGGCAUCUUUAGCUCCCAAUUUUGCUGUAUUUGUGUGUUUUAUUGAUUGAUGGUAUUCAAGAUUCUAUCUGAAAUGAGAAGGACAGCAUUUUUAGCUCAUGGUUUGCUAUAUUUGUGUAUUCAUUGAUGGUAUUCAAGUUUUUUGAUAGAAAGAGUAGAGAUUAGACUUAGAUGGGUUCUCUGCACAUGCGUCAUUUCCGUCUGAGGAAAAAAGCAUUUUUAACUCCUAUUUUGAUGUAAAAUUGUGUGUUUAUUGGUGGUGUUAAAAUAUCUUUGAGAGAAGAGUAAUUCAGAAUAUGAGGCUCUCUGCACAUGUGUCAUUUUUUUUGGAAAAAGAUAACAGCAUUUGUACCUCCUAAAUUUCUCUCUCUGUGAGUGUUUAUAUUUUAUAUAGAAAAGAGUAAUUUAGAAUUAAAGAGGGUUUUCUGCACAUAGGUUUUAUGCGGCUGUUCACUUCAUCACAGUAUUAAUGCAGUUUGCACUAAAAUUUGUACAAAAAUCUGUCCAGGAUUUCCUAUGACUUCCACGAGGUUUUGUUUUUGCGUUGGACAGUCUGAAGAAAGGGAAAUGACUUGAUGGAGGACACUCUCUCCGCAUGUGAAGUUAUUUAGGACCGAUAAGUUAAAGUAGGCAAUGACAUUAAGCCUUUAGAAGAUAUUGUAGUAUAUUCUUGUAAAGAAUGUUGAGGUGUCAAGUGGGGAAGAUUGUUCCUUACUUCUUAUCGUUAUCGUUUUUUGGCGAGCUUUCUGUUUAGUGUUUUGGUCUCCAUAUGCUUAGAUUAAUUUGGUCAUAUAGUGCAAUGCAGGCCCUUAAACGCAGUGGCAGAGCUACCUUUAGUGAAGGGGGUUCAGUUGAAUCCCCUUUGCCGAAAAAUUGCACUGUGCAAAAAGGAAAGCUGUUUUGGAACCAGCAAUGCAGGGGUCGGACAUGAUUGGCCGAGCUAGAACUGGAACUGGAAAGACACUAGCUUUUGGCAUUCCUAUCAUGGAUAAGAUCAUCAAAUUCAACAAUAAAAAAGGACGGGGAAGAAACCCUUUGGCAUUGAUCUUGGCUCCCACUAGAGAACUUGCACGGCAGGUGGAGAAAGAAUUUUAUGAGUCUGCUCCUGUUUUGGAUACGCUAUGUGUUUAUGGUGGUGUCCCCAUUCAACGCCAAAUGAGUACUCUUCAAAGGGGUGCAGACAUUGUUGUUGGGACACCUGGUCGGAUCAUUGAUCUGCUGAAGAGGGGGUCCUUGAAUUUAUCAGAAAUCCAGUUCGUUGUUCUAGAUGAAGCUGAUCAGAUGCUUAACGUGGGCUUCGCGGAGGAUGUUGAAACCAUUCUUGAAAAUGUUCGGCAGAAACAUCAGACGAUGAUGUUUUCAGCCACAAUGCCAAGUUGGAUAAUGAAAAUUACCAACAAGUUCUUGAAGAAGCCAAUUCACAUUGAUCUUGUAGGGGAUUCUGACCAGAAAUUAGCCGAUGGAAUUUCCUUGUAUUCAAUUGCUUGUGAGAUGCGUCAGAAACCGGCAGUUCUUGGACCCUUAAUAUCAGAGCAUGCAAAAGGAGGCAAGUGUAUUGUCUUUACUCAAACAAAGCGUGAUGCUGAUAGGUUGGCGAGUUCAAUGCAAAAAACUUUGAGAUGUGAAGCUUUGCAUGGGGAUAUCACACAAAGCCAGAGGGAGAGAACUCUGUCCGGUUUUCGACAAGGUCAAUUCAAUGUAUUGGUGGCCACUGAUGUUGCUGCUCGAGGGCUUGAUGUACCUAAUGUUGAUCUGGUGAUACAUUACGAACUUCCAAACUCUUCAGAGAUCUUUGUUCAUCGAUCUGGUCGAACUGGACGUGCUGGGAAGAAAGGAAGUGCCAUUCUCAUGCAUUCCUCAAAGCAGCAUAGGGAUGUGAAAGGUAUUGAGCAUGAUGCCGGAUGCAGAUUUACUGAGCUCCCAAGUAUUAAAGUAGAGGCUGGAGCAGCAGACAUGUAUAGUGACAUGGGCAAAGGCAGCGACCGCUUUGGUUCCUAUGGAGGCACCAUGCGUAGUCGAUCUGGUGAUUUUGGUGGAGGUCGUUCUGGUGGCUAUGGAAAUAAAGGCAGCAGGUUUGGUGGAGAAGGCGCUUCAUCUUCUCGAACAGGUGGAUACAGUGGAACUGGUUCAGGAAGAUCAGGGGGUGGCUAUGGUGGAACUAGCUCGGGCCGCUCAGGAAAGUUUGGUGGUUCUGGAGGCUCAAAACGUUUGGGUGGUUUCCGUAAUUUUGGUUCGGGCCGUUCUAGUAGAUUUGGAGAUUCACAGUCUGACCGCAAUAACCGUUCAAGCCGUUUUGAUGACUUCGGAGAUGGCAAGGAUAGUGGUGAUCAGAGUUCAGGGAGGAACUCCAUUUCAAGGAGGCGUGCCCCCUGGGACUUCUCCAUUAAUAGAUGAAGGUGCAGCUGAACACCGGCUCUGAACUGUGUGUGUUGAUUACAAAGGUGCUGUAUUUAGAGUGCAGAUGAUACAACUUUUUACUAUAUUUGAAGUCCAUAUAAAUAGCACUUCAGUAUCCACUUGGUCUCAAAA